UACAUAACCGGAUAGUUCGUGACCGAGGCGUGCGCGGUGUGCACUCAUCGAUAAUACCAACUUGUGUAUAAACACAUGAUUACUUUUGUUUAGUAGCAUUUUAUGCAUCUUGUGGAUCAGUGGUUUCUUUGACUCCUUCAAAAUGUCAAAUCAAAAAUCUGAGCUUCGCAUAAUCACCUACAUGUGCCCCACUCAUCCAGUGCAGCUUUACGAAUUGAUAAUGGAACUUCUGGAAGAAUCACUCGGCUGUUACACUAGUUUGCAGUAUGAAAGCAGGACUCCGGGACCAUUUAGGGAUCGUCCGGAUCCAUUCACCUCGGACAAGGUUGAUUUAGCUUUUAUGACCGCAGCAUCCUAUAUGCGACUCAGAGAGAAGAAGACUAAAUCAAUCGAGUUGUUGCCCGUUACACCAAUAUUCGCACAUCAAAUGAACGUUGAAAAUAAACCGGGAUACUUCUCCGAUGUGAUUGUCCAUUGUGAUAAAAAAGCCCACAACGUAAAUACUUUAUUAGACCUUCGAGGCUGCACUUUUGCAUACAGUGAUGAGGAAUCUCUUAGCGGUAGUAAGAUUGUUUUGAAAACACUGAAAGAAAAGGGAGAAAAUGCUUCGUUCUUUGGAUCACUAUUGAAAUCUGGCUCUCAUUUAGCGUCAGCUCAAAUGGUAUUGUCGAAGCAAGCUGAAUGGGCCGCGGUGGAUUCUACAACUCUGUUAUAUUCUAAAAAAUUUAUGCAAGAUGGAGGAAAAGAUAUUAUACAAUUAGAAACACUUGGACGUCUUCCACCCUACCCAAUAGUGGUUAAUGCUAAAUUAGACGCUACAAUUAAGGAUGCAAUUACUAAAACAUUGUUGACUUUGCCUCAAACACCAGACUGGAAAAAGAAGUUUGCCAAGUUUGGAAUUAUAAAGUUUGGAAGCAAUAACGAUGCCGCUUAUGAUGGGCCGGCUGCACAGGUGUGGGCCAUCUCGAGCGAGAAACUCAACGUUAGGUAUUAUUAGAGUGCUCUUAGUAAUCUCACUCUUGUAUGUCAUAUACAUUUUGUACAUUGAUUAUACUCCUAAGAAGUCUUAGUUGACGGGAUGAGAAUAAUGCAAAUAUUUUAAAAACAAUUUUAUAUUUUGUUAUAAAAAAAUAUAGUAAUGCAACACUGGAUUUACAAAACUUUA